CAGUACGGCGCGGAGGCUGGCGGGCCACGAGUGGGGCGAUGUGGCGGGCUGCUAGCCUGGGACGUGGGGUGACCCUGGGGCUGCUGCUGACGGUCCACGCGGUGGCGGCGUUCGAGCCCAUCACCGUGGGCAUCGCCAUCGGGGCCGCGUCGGCGCUCACCGGCUACCUGUCCUACAAGGACCUUUACUGCCGCUUCGCCGAGUGCUGCCGCGAGGAGCAGCGGCUCAACGCGUCGGCCCUCAAGCUGGAAUUAGAGGAGAAGCUGUUUGGGCAGCAUCUGGCCACAGAGGUGAUUCUCAAGGCGCUGACGGGCUUCAAGAACAACAAGAAUCCCAAGAAACCGCUGACUCUUUCCUUACAUGGCUGGGCCGGCACAGGCAAGAAUUUUGUCAGCCAAAUUGUGGCAGAAAAUCUUCACUCAAAAGGCCUGAAGAGUAACUUUGUCCACCUGUUUGUCUCCACCCUGCACUUUCCUCACGAGCAGCAGAUAAAACUGUACCAGGACCAGUUACAAGGAUGGAUUCGGGGUAACGUGAGUGCGUGUGCGAGCUCCGUGUUCAUAUUUGAUGAGAUGGACAAAUUGCACCCCGGGGUCAUCGACGCAAUCAAGCCAUUUCUAGACUACUACGAGCAGGUCGAUGGCGUGUCUUACCGGAAGGCCAUCUUCAUCUUUCUCAGCAAUGCCGGUGGGGACCUCAUAACUAAGAUUGCCCUUGACUUUUGGCGGGCGGGAAGAAAGAGGGAAGACAUUCAGCUGAAGGACUUGGAACCCGUGCUGUCUGUCGGAGUCUUCAACAAUAAGCACAGUGGCCUGUGGCACAGCGGACUGAUAGACCGGAACCUCAUCGAUUACUUUAUCCCCUUCCUCCCUCUGGAGUACAGACACGUGAAGAUGUGUAUACGGGCAGAGAUGAGGGCCCGCGGCUCUGUCAUAGAUGAGGACAUUGUCACCAGAGUGGCAGAGGAAAUGACUUUUUUCCCCAAAAGCGAGAAAAUCUACUCAGACAAGGGCUGCAAGACUGUGCAGUCACGGUUGGAUUUUCACUGACCUCUGACUCAAGCGGGGUAAGAGGCCACUGGGAGCUCAGCAAGUGAGGGUCUUGCCUUCCGGAAGCACUUUGAAGCCCUGUGUGGGGUUUGCACUUUGCACCUGUGGAUUUUCGGGACGUGGAAGUUUCUGAGAGUUGAGUUUUGAACAGACACUAAUCUAUUGAGUGUACUUGUCAUCUUGGACUGGACAGCCAUCCAUCUGUGAACUGUGGUGGACGAUGAACUUCUAAAAUCCUGCCCCCUCCCCCCUUGCUGACCUUGACACAAGUGCCUUGCAAACAGCUGUGUGAGAUCUGGGACCCUUUCUGACCCCACGGCACCCACACCUCAGAAGCUGCAGCUCUAACUCAGGGAGUGCAAGGGCCCUGUGGCAACCUGGGGAGCAUUCAGUUUGCACCUGCUGAAAACCUCCGAGAGUGUUCACUGGCUUUUCACUUGAAAUCAGUGGCACCUUCAGGCACAGGCAGUGUCCAGGGAGAUGCAGGUCUGCAUACUAGGAGCAUCCUCGACCAGGCGACCUCGCUGCCUGUGGCGUGGGGUCUCCAACCGAGGCUUCUGCAGCAGCCCAGGACCGGCUGGGCUGGAAUUCCUUUGCCUUCUCUUACUUGGUGUUGAUCUCCGUCUUCCUGGUACCACUUCUGCUCCUGAACUUCAGUCGCUGCUAGAUUUGCCCCCAGUCGCAUGUCAUCACGAGAGUCAAAUCAGAAUGAGGCCCUCGGUUUUGCAUUUGAGUCCUCUGUUCCCGCGGCGAGAUGUCAGUUAAAGUUUAUGCGUGGGUCGAUCCCUCACUUUACUCCAGAGAAUCAUCUGAAAUCCACAGGACAAGCUCGGUCUCCGUGGAUGCUACGUGCCAGAGCGGUCAGCCGGCGGGUUCUGCGUUGCCAAAGAAGUGUAGGCACUGGGCACCAGAAAUGCUAGAAUUCUCAAGGAUAUGUAGGUUUUUAUGAUGUUUUUACUUGUGAAUCUUGUAUAACAGAAAAAUAUAGGACGUGGCUUAUUUUAAAAUAUGGGAAGGAUACCAAAAAA